GGCAGCGCAGGUGGGUGACGGGAGCAGCACAGGUCACUUGCCCCCUAAGGAUGAUGGGCAACGGAGCGAAACAGUGGGCCUACCAGCCACGGGCCCAUGGUCCAUGGGAGGGUGAGCACUGAGCAUUGGGGCCUCGAGGACCCCUAACUCUACUUAGAAGGGCCUGCCGUUUGGCUGCCGCCCGCGAGCCCAUUGGCCCUCGACUGGCCCGGCGUGGCCCAUACGGGCCCUAAUUGGCCCUGGCCGGCAUGCAUUGGCCUGCUCCGCACUUCGAUUGCACCUUCGCUCGCGCUUCUCUUCGCCUUCCCUUGCGCUUCCUUUUUCCUUCCAUCCCAGAUCCACCCCCAUUGCCAGGCCCAAUUGUGCUUGGUGCUUGGUGCCACUGGGCCAACUAAUCCUUGGGGGGGAGGGGGGUUCGCCCUAAACCUCUGAGGGCUCGGCCUUUCGAUUUCACCCUCUUGUCGCCCCCAGCGAAGCCAACUCGCAAGUGUCUACCACUACUACACUAUCACUUGCUUGCUACCACUUACUCUGACCUCCUGCGACCGACCCAAGCUCGAUCCUCUACCUCCAUUUGCCUGCACCACAUUCCUCCUUCCAGUCCUCAGCUUGAUUCUUUGAUCGGAUCAUCGCCCAGGUCACUUCCACCAUCUCACCGGAGAGCUGUCUGUGUUUCGCCCGUCUGCAGCUUCAGUCACUUUCCCCGGCGGCGUCUGCGACUACCCGAAGACUCGAAAAACUUGACAGCUGCGACCUGCCACCCACUCGCAGCUUGUCUUACCAUCCUCCGUCCACACUCCCCGACUCUCGGCGGCAUCGAAUCGGCGCAGCCUGAGCGUGUUCGACUCGUCUCAUUCACGCCCCGGCGACCUCGUCGAGCUCUCGAGCUAGAGUUUGUCCUCCUCUUUCCGCCGAUUCCAGGUGAAAAGAGCACUUUCCUCGCCCGCUUGUUCGAGGACAGCCGCCGUCUCGCGCGCAAUGGGCCCGCAAUAAGCGUACACUGCUCGUCAAGAUUUCUGUCAGAUCUAUUGUAAAUUUGUCUAGAGUCUCAUAACGUCACCAAACGAGGAAAACGCAGGAUCGAGGUCUCACAAAUCGUCCCGACGGCCGUUUGAUCGCAUUAUGGGCCCGUAGAGCCUCUUGACGCGACGGUCUCUCCUCCUUGCCAUACAAAUCAUCGCGGACGCCAUGGACCCCUCAGCCUGUCGAGUGAUAUACAUUGACGAAAGAUUCAACACGGAAAGAUGGAUUUCCAGAGAGGGGCUGUCUCCUAGCACGCCCGCAAGAGCAGGUUCGCAGGUGGAAUUUUCGGACCUGCCCCUCGACUUACAGACCAACGUCAAUGCCUUUUUGACUGUGUUUAACCAAGUGUAUGUAUGUAGUUCUGGAAGGGCGUUUUCCUCAAAACUGUCCGAACUCCACGACCAGGUCAAGCUCGAUUGUACCCCGAUCCUCGCCUGCUUUGACGUAGGCUCCGAGUCAAAGCACGAGCAUUCAAAAGCGAGGCCUCGAUUCUUUCCAUCCUCCGACUCUCCAUUACCGUCUCCAAGCCUGUUGAGGAAGGAGAUCACCUUUUCCUCCGAGUCCGACGAGUCAUACGGCCUUCAACUCCUGUCUCGAAUAGCGUCUGAUCUACAAGUUGAUGAGGGUGCGAAGCUGAUCAUUCCGGUGGCUAUUGUCCAACCCAAACGGAGUGAUUCUCAGGACCUGGCUAUGGACACAGAGCCCCAACCCGAGGUGUCUCGGGCUCCCUUUGGCCCCGAGUCCAAACCUGUCGCGAUCGAAGACAAGUCCGAUAUCAUUGAUGCUCAAUUAAUGCUACAGUGUCUGGAUGCUGGCGCACUCGAUGUUGUAAAGAGCCCGUUGGACAAAGCCGGGAUCAUGGGUCUAACCGUCCACGCUUAUCGAAUAUACAAAAAUGCGAAAAAGGAGCAAGCAGGCUUCAUGGCCAUGGCCCGGAGGAAUCGGAAGCAAUCAUGGGUCGGUAUGGAAGAGGAGAAACCCUAUGCUUAUCUUCGCGAGGCCAUGGUGAAGAAAUUACUGAAGGGGAUCUGCGAGCCGCAAAAUAUUAUCGAAGAUUACCAACAUCGCGAUCUGUAUGUGCAAGAGUCGCGAAAAGAGGCAGUGGCACAAGCCGUGGGCCGGUGGGACUUUUCUGGCCAUGACUUUACAGAGGAUGAGCUGGUUUAUGCUGGCUACUUUAUGCUUGAUCAUUGCCUUCAAAUGGAAGAGUGUGAGCAAUGGAGCAUGAAUCAACGCGACCUACUUCACUUCAUGCAAGGCUGCCGUGUAGCAUACAAUUCCUUCGUCCUAUAUCACAACUUCAGGCACGCUGUCGACGUCUUGCAAUCCGUGUUCUACUUCCUCCUCCAGAUAGGCACGCUACCACCAUAUCCAGCCGGUGCCGAGCCAUCUCCUUUCGCAGACAAAAAAUCACCGAUCGCCCGCCUCUUAGGACCAUUCGAAGCGCUGACCCUCUUGGUCUCCGCCAUUGGUCACGACGUCGGCCAUCCUGGUGUCAACAAUAUGUUUCUGGUAAAGUUGAACGCACCUCUUGCACAAUUGUACAACGACCAGUCAGUCCUGGAAGCCUUCCACUGUGCGGCUUACUCUCAGAUUCUCCGACGCCACUGGCACGUUGCCUUCCAGGACAAAGCCCUUCGGAAACUGAUGAUCAGUACCAUCCUCGCUACGGACAUGGGCAUUCAUUCCGACUACAUGCAACAACUGGGCAACUUACAGGAGAAGAUUCACGAGAGCGGAGCGACCGAUGGAUGGUCUCCGAAAGACAUUGAUUGGGCACGGACUUUGACUUGUGGGUUGUUGAUUAAAUGCGCUGACAUCAGCAAUGUGGCGCGACCAUGGCUGGUGGCCGAGAAAUGGACCCAUCUGCUUCAGAAGGAGUUUGCGCAUCAAGGAGAGAUGGAGCAAGCCGUUGGAAUGGAGACGACACUCUUCGGUGGUCCUCCCGAGCUGGGCAACAUGCUGAAGCUUGCCAAUGGCCAGAUCGGUUUCAUGACCAUCUUCGCACAUCCGCUUUUUGCAAAUGUGGCUGAUAUAAUUCCCGCCAUGCGGUUCGCCGCCGACGAGAUCCUGACGAACAAAGGCGUUUGGUUUACAAGAGCCGAACACGAAAAGAAACUGCAGCUCGUCAAGAGAGGCACGGGGUUUGGUGAUGGUGGUUCAAUAAGCCCCAGGACUCAAAGUCCUGUCGGCCGAGCGCAGGACCAUGGGAAGGAGAAGCAUUUACCAACAUCUCCACUCCGAGAUGGAGACGAUUUGCCGGAGAAGCCACAAUCUGAAUCCGGACGUGGCCGGAAAAGUAGUAACACUACUCCGCAGGACAGCUCUCAGCAGUCGUCAUUAGCAGCCGCUGCAGGCAUAGCUGUUUUGGCGGCUGAUACGACCGCUCGUCGGCGAUCGGCUGCAGAAUCUGGGCAGAAUUUGAAGGUGACCGACCGUGAGCGGUCGGGAUCCGCUCUCGUCAAUGGCGAACACAUUCCGGUAGAACUUACGCUGGAUGGAACUCACGGCGGAGAGAAGCAUAAUGACACCACUUCCAGCAGCACUCCGCGGCUAACAACCUCAGGACAUGACGCCGCAGUGUCUUUACAACCGCUCAAUGACACAAGAAGAGAUAAUGCAGUAUCAAUGCGCGCGGGAACCGAGGCUAUUCCACAGGAAGCUCUGGAAGGAAGCAACGCACCGGACGUGGAAGACGUGCACGAAUUCAAUUUUGCGACCUCAAAGAAAGAUGAACCAGUGCGAACCUACGAUCCCCAGCAACAAUACAAUCCUUCACAUCCCGGCCUACGUGCUAGCGCACCGGCGAGUGACGUCGCGUCAAAGCAGCCCAAGAUCGAAGCGAUCGACACAUCACCGCCGGCCAGGUCUCCUCAGAGCGACACUACGACAAGCGGCAUCCUGAGGGGCGGUGGUGCCGGUGAGGGGCAAAUGCUGACUCCUAGUGGAAGCACUGAAGCUACAAGCUACACCUCUGAUAAGAGCGAAGAACUGACGAGACUUCGAAACAGCCUUCAGGCUAUACGCAACCGGGCAGUAAGUGCACCGAUGCACUCAGGAAGUCCGGUACUGAGACCCAGUUUUAGCAUGGGCAGUAACAGCGCAACCAGCAGAGAAAGCAGCAAAUACGACAUUCAUACGACCAUUUUGAGCAAUGGAGACGUGGAAGAAGCAAGUGCGAAAGACAGGAAAGCCAGCACCAAAACUAUGGGCAGGAGAAGGAGUAGGUUAAAGCUGGGACUCGCAUUCUGGAAGAGAAACCGAAGCGAGAGGAGUAUCGAAGGUGAGACGUUCAGGCCCGAUAGUCAGGGGAGUGGAGGGGGAGGGUGAGGGCGGUCAAAAGGAGGAAGAGAUUUGAUUUACAGCGCUGUGACUGCAAUUUGUCUGGAUCUUGGGAACUGGGUGGCCCUGUUUAUCAAAACGCAGGUUUGAGGGAGAUUUUGGGAGUUUGGGGUUGAGGAGUUUUGCGCUCUGUUUUGUGUUGGAGGGCUUUUGAUUGUCACAGAUUUGAACCUGAUUCACGAACGGGAUGGACGAUUCAGAGCACGAAGGAGGAAUGCGCAUGGCCGCUUCUUAUGAUGUAACUCAUGGGAGGACAGCAAAGGGUGACAGGCAUGAAGAAACGGAGUAUGAAAAGGUCCAGGAAGGACCAGCGGCGACGGAGAGUUGGGACCAAGCUGGGCGAUCUGAAGCAGACUAUGCCGUAGGGUAUAGAUAUAGUGUAAGAUGAUCGAGUUUGUCCGGUUAUAGGAUUCACGACUUGACAGAUAGAAGAGCCCUCUCGUCUCAAGCAGGAACGAUGUACAAACGGCACAGAACAGCCUCGAUUCCUUCCAG